GUAUGGAUUUCAGGGUUUUUUGACAUCAAAAUAAACAUUUACAUUUUCCAUGAACUUUUUGAAGUAUCCUGGUAUUUAAAAGCAUAGGAAGUUGACAAAAAAUGAUGGUAUUUUUAAUUGGUGUUAACGCUUGGAAUUCUUCAAGCCAAGAAAGGUAGUUUAACAGUUUUUAAAAGAUAUUGAAGUAGAUCAGCUUUAGUUUUACACUCAAACUUGGGAGUUUGGAAGGGAUAAUAGAAUGACUUGUGUAUUCCCAUAUGUUGGAACAUUAACCCAUCAGAUAUGUUUGAAUUAGUUUGCUUGCUAAAAUUUCCUUGUGAAGAGCUACCAUUACAGCUUGCCUUUUUUUUUUUUUGGUCCUGGAGUACAAAUCUUAAUGUUGAAUUAUAAUCUUACAUUGAAAAUAGCAAAAAAAAGAUGAAAAGCACAAUACUAUGAUCUGCCCACCCUGAACUGAUGAAUUUGACUUUACAGAAUUCUUGAUUUUUUUUUCCCCUAGUGAACAAAUAUUUGAUGUUAGAUCCUUUUUACUUUUUCUCUUCUGUUCCCAAAUCCUCUUUGCAGGAAAUGACUUGUUAGGUUGAUGCUGUUUUUAGGGAGGGGAGGGAAGAACUUAAGAACAUAGUGGAGAGCUUCAAGCUUGACAGCAUUUUUCAAAACUGAUAAAGGACCUCUCUUUACAGGAAAAUUUUAUAUUUUAACAGUCCUUGUUCCCUUUUAAGACUCAGAAUCGUGUGUUCUUUAAGGUUCAUUUCAUGUUUGUGGUAUAACAUGGUUUUAUCAAAUUCAAUAACUAGCAAAUGCUUACUGUGAGGCAAAUCAAGUAGUAAAAGUAAUUCUCCUGGUCCAUUGAGGUACAGGUACUUCCUGCUGUGACCCAUUUGAGUAGGCUCAGAGAUUAGGUCAGUGAGAGGCAACGCAGGGAGGUUUCAAACCCAGGCUUGUCUUUGGAAAGUUCAUACCAGUUAUUUGUGUGUAUAAGAAAAAUUAACUAUAAAUGCCAGUUACAAAUUUGUGUUCCCAUUUUGGCUCUCUUCAUCUCUAGCACCUAGAAUUUUUGCAUUGAUAAAGGUGCUGAAAGGGCCUCACGUUAGAGGUAUUUAAGCAUUUUGGAGAAUUUCUAUAUGGCUUAUAUUAAAUGCAUGAACCCUAGGAAAAGGAAAUUUUACACUUUGCAGAUGAUAACUUGAUAGUUGGACUGAAAAUUAGAUCCUGUGACAUUUAAGCAUUCAUGAAUGCUGUUGCUAUGAAAUAUGAUCCUGAACCCUAAAGGAAUCAAGUGAACAAACUGUUUUGUUUACAGGGGAGGAGGUGGUGAGGGAAAGGUUUGAAAUAUUCAGGUGAGUAGGAUUCCUACAGCUGCAUAGUGCCAUUUGUAAGGUUCUGGUAAGUUCCCGCAGCUGAAGGACUUCUGCAUUAGUCUCUUGGGAUUUCAAAAGGAACAAUGGUUGGUUGCCUGGUGGAAGGAAAGUGGGUGGGCAGUUUCAUUUUGGGGGGUGGGUAGAGGGACUGUACCUUUAAAUACCUCCUGAAUGUGAAUGUUACCUUUUUCUUGAAAUUUGUAAGUCUAUUUGAUUAAGAAGUUAAUGCAGUGAGUAAAUUGAUUAUUUGCCAUCUCCACUGGCCUCUAGAUAGGUAGUUUCAAAACCACAUUCAUCCUGCAUGGCCACUUAGUCUGAAUUUUAAAGCCCAAAAUAAUAAACUCACUUAAAAACUGGUUUUUGGUGUUUUAGGUAGAAUUGUCCAUGAGUAGACAGUAGUAUCCUAUGCAGCUUCUGAACAGUUUGCAUUCUAAAGAAUUCAUACAAAUAUUCGGGUGAACAUUGAAAUCUGAAAGGUGUGACUAAGAUGAGUAGAACAGAAGUUGGUGUUACAACAACAAAUAAUGUGAAUGUUAUGGUGAGGGAGUUAUGUGAGUUCUUUGAAAAACAGGCAGCACAUAAGAUAAGGUUUUCAGGAAUUUGUGCCUUUUGGUAGGAGGGGUCAGAUUUCCCCGUCCUUUCCCAGCUGGCAAAUAGAAGAUGGUGUACCACUGUGUUGUGGCAUUGUUGUUGGAGUCACCUAAUCCUGUUACAUUUCUUGUCUGAGCCUCUGAGCGGAGUCUCUUCAGUACUUUCUGGCAAGAUUAAGUUUUGAUUGACUGCUUUAUGUGCUUGUUUAUUUUUAUAGCAUUUAAAUCAAACGUAUUGAGAUGGAUUGGGUUAUGAAACAUAAUGGUCCAAAUGACGCUAGUGAUGGGACAGUACGACUUCGCGGACUACCAUUUGGUUGCAGCAAAGAGGAAAUAGUUCAGUUCUUUCAAGGGUUGGAAAUCGUGCCAAAUGGGAUAACAUUGACGAUGGACUACCAGGGGAGAAGCACAGGGGAGGCCUUCGUGCAGUUUGCUUCAAAGGAGAUAGCAGAAAAUGCUCUGGGGAAACACAAGGAAAGAAUAGGGCACAGGUAUAUUGAGAUCUUCAGAAGUAGCAGGAGUGAAAUCAAAGGAUUUUAUGAUCCACCAAGAAGAUUGCUGGGACAGCGACCAGGACCAUAUGAUAGACCAAUAGGAGGAAGAGGGGGUUAUUAUGGAGCUGGGCGUGGAAGCUAUGGAGGUUUUGAUGACUAUGGUGGCUAUAAUAAUUAUGGCUAUGGAAAUGAUGGCUUUGAUGACAGAAUGAGAGAUGGACGAGGUAUGGGAGGACAUGGCUAUGGUGGAGCUGGUGAUGCAAGUUCAGGUUUUCAUGGUGGUCAUUUUGUACAUAUGAGAGGAUUACCUUUCCGUGCAACUGAAAAUGACAUUGCUAAUUUCUUCUCACCACUAAAUCCAAUAAGAGUUCAUAUUGAUAUCGGAGCUGAUGGCAGAGCAACAGGAGAAGCAGAUGUGGAGUUUGUCACCCAUGAAGAUGCAGUAGCUGCCAUGUCUAAAGAUAAGAAUAAUAUGCAGCAUCGAUACAUUGAACUCUUCUUGAAUUCCACUCCUGGAGGUGGCUCUGGCAUGGGAGGCUCUGGAAUGGGAGGCUACGGCAGAGAUGGAAUGGAUAAUCAGGGAGGAUAUGGAUCUGUUGGAAGAAUGGGAAUGGGGAACAAUUACAGUGGAGGCUAUGGUACGCCUGAUGGCUUAGGAGGUUAUGGCCGUGGUGGUGGAGGCAGUGGCGGCUACUAUGGGCAAGGUGGCAUGAGCGGAGGUGGAUGGCGUGGGAUGUACUGAAAAUAUCACCAUCAUACACAAGGAAAAGUCCUAACAACAGCAUCUGGUCUACUAGACUUUCUUACAAAUUUCUUUUGUAUUUUAAGAACUUUAUAAUGACUGAAGGAAUGUGUUUUCAAAAUAUUAUUUGGUAAAGCAACAGAUUGUGAUGGGAAAAUCUGUUUUCUGUAGGUUUUAUUUGUUGCAUACUUUGACUUAAGAAAUAAAUUUUUAUAUUCAAACCACUGAUGUUGAUACUUUUUAUAUACUAGUUACUCCUAAGGAUGUGCUACCUUCAUAAGAUUUGGGUUGAUGUAUUUUACUAUUAGCUAUACAAGUAGUAAGUAGUAUUAGUGUAAUACUAGAGGAUCAUGGUUCACCCCUGCAUAAACUGCAAGUCUUAAUAAACAGACAUCUGGAAUAGAGCUUAAAGAAUAAUUAGUGUAACUUUAAUUUCUCCUGGACAACACUGUAUAUAUAAAGACUAAAGAGGAGUUUAAGUGGCAUCAAAAGUAUAAAAUCAGCUAAUUCUAUAUUCUUUUUAUCAAAUGUCAUUUAUCAAACAUAGCUCUGAAAUGUUGAUUCCCUUAGAGGUAUCUGGGUUUCUGAACACUCAAAAUCGUGUUACCGGAGGAUGGGAGCAUUAGAAGUGAGGUCCUAGCCCUACCUGUUGAGAUACAAAUCCCCUCAGCACUUGACUGAAUUACAAGAAAUGCUUCUAAAACCUGAUGAUUGUUAAUUCAAAUUGCUUUAGAAAGCUAAGAUUGUUGAGAAUUCCACAUAAUUGUCAGAUGUAUUUUCAGUCUGCUGCCCAAAUCUUUAAAUAAUUGUAUAAAUGACUACGUUAAGCAAAUGUAAGGGAAGUCCAUGUCAUAGUCAAGUAAAAGAACCCUGCAGUUGGCUUUGCAUCUGAUACCUGCUCGUCUUAGUUUAUUAUGUAGCAAGGAAAAGGUGCUUUUUAAUUUUAAUCUCCUUGGUCAAUAUACCUUUUUUUCCAAAUUGGCUAAUGGAUCAAAAUGAAAUUGUCAAUGUGAAUAUUCAGUUAUUGAACUUGUUACUUGUUUUUGCUAGAAAUGUUAAUGUAAUAAAUGUCAAUGUGGGAGAUAAUAUGGUG